AUGGUAGUUAAUUGCUCCCCAAGUUUCCUUCUCGGGGCAAGCUACACUUGGUCCGCUAACUUUCUCUCACGCCAGACAAGGCAUUUGUGCUUGAGUGAUAAGGUAAGGUACCCGGUGCGUAUCCCUCUCCGUCCGCGUGGUGCCUUUGAUAAGGCAUCGCUGAGGGGUCUUUGGGCGGCUAUGCAGACUGCACAGUGCACCAUGGCCACCUUGCUUCCGUCGUCAUGUUGCAGGGCCCCCGUCCAUUUCUUCCCGUCUCAUGUGGCGCAUUUCGUCACCUGCGAGUGA